ACUCAUCAGCCUCUAUCUUUGAACAUGUGGAUAGGAUGUCGCGUUCCUCAGAUGCCAGUAGACGGGUCCCAAGCAAGAUCCAGCUGAUUGCUAUGCAACCAAUGGCAGCACCUCCGGUUCAGAACUCGGUGCUUUCCGAUCGAGUAGCUGAGACCAACAAAAUUAAUAAAGAGAUACAAACAGCCCUGAGGCAUAAAUCUGAGAUUGAGCACCACCGCAAUAAGAUUCGACUUCGCGCCAAGCGCAAAGGGCACUAUGAAUUUCCAGUGGUGGAUGAUGUGGUGGUGGUGGAUUCCAAAGAACAGCACAGAAUAUAUCGCAGGGCACAGAUGCAGAUUGACAAGAUCUUGGACCCUGGAGGCAGUGUGCCUACUGUCUUCAUAGAGCCCCGGAAGAGUUCUCGAGCAAAACGUUCUCCCAAGCAGCGCCGGCGACAUCAGAUAAAUGGGAGUCCGAUUGAUGCAGAAAAGGACAGGUUAAUCACAACUGACAGUGAUGGGACAUACAAAAGGCCCCCAGGAGUCAAUAAUUCUGCAUAUAUUUCUGACCCAGACUUGCCUCCUGAACCUCAGACUUCAUCCUCAGCUGAUGUGGGGAAGUUCCCCGGCUUGCCUUCCCACCCAGUCUCCCAGUAUGUCCCACCACAGCCAUCCAUUGAAGAGGCACGGCAAACCAUGCACUCGCUGCUGGAUGAUGCUUUUGCACUGGUGGCUCCCAGCAGCCAAGCAACCAAUUCCACGGCCAUCGCACCACCCGGGGUCUCUGCAGGACAGCCGAGAUACGUGGAAUUUGGAAUGACUCCGCCAACAGCACCAGGUCUCCUACCAAGGCAGAACUUUGGGCCAGGUUUUCUUCAGCCUGCAGAGUUAAUGCACCCAGACCAGCAGCCACCUGAGGUUCAGUAUUCCUCCAGAGGGAUAUACUCAGAGGAAAUGCCAUCAGUGGCACGGCCACGACCAGUUGGAAGCACUGCAGGUUCUCAGAUACAGCACCUCACUCAGGUGGGAAUUGCUAGCAGGAUCGGAGGUCAACAAGUGGAGAUCCCCUCAGGCAGAGCAGGGCAUGGCCAGCCGGGGGGGCCAGGGUGGCCCCAGUACCGUGGAGAGGAUGAAUAUGCUAGGCGAGAUGCAACGCAUACGCAUGGACACCAAGAAUAUUCCUCCUCACCAGUAUUCCCGAUGCCGAGGACUUCAGCCAGGCAGCCCUCAGCACCCACUGCUCAGCUUCCACACAACAGCCUUCAGGGCCAGGGCCUUUGCUACACCACCAGUUCCACUGAGGACCUCCAGCCAGGUCACUCUUCAGCCUCUCUUAUCAAAGCAAUUAGAGAAGAACUUCUACGACUUUCUCAGAAACAGACAACAGUGCAGAACUUCCAUAGUUGAUUUAGCAUUCCCUUGCAAAUCUGCCAUGUAUCUGCUUCCUAUGGAAGCAAAGACUUAGAGGAAUUCAGCAAUGUUGUUCUCUCACAAGAAUGAACUUCACAGCUCUGUUGACCACACUCUGGAAAAACUGAAAAAGGCAGCACAAUGAGGAUAGUAGGGAGAGAUGGGGGACAAACAGGGAAAAUCAUCGGUGUCAUCACAAGUAGUAUUAAUCAAUGCUAAUAUUACGGUGCUUCUCUUCUCUCCCUGCCCUCAUUCAAUGCAACAUAAAUAAAACCUUAGGUCAAGAACUCAAUGCUCCAGCAACAAA